AUGUCGCUGCAUUGUGGGGAAAAAUCUGCUAUUUUAAGAGACAGAAAUAUUAAAAAUUGACAUUGAGGCUCAACAGCUUCAAAAGCCAGGCAUAUUUUUUGCAGUGCGGCUAAUGCUGAAGUCAUUCUCCGUCUCAUACAACAGCAGCCAAGGACAAGAGAGCAUCAGCAGAGAGAGGGAAAAGAGGAGAGAGAAAGGUGCCUCCUCUCGCCAUUGCGAUAACUGUCUCGGUGUUGAAUCGAUGUCGGUGUCCGUGCUGCUCUAACAGGAGGCGAUAGGAGUGGCGGAGACGCGGGGGAUUUAACUUCACACACGGACAAACCUAUGCGUGGAUUUCGGCUCUUUUUCCCUUCGCCAAUGCAAAAGGAAAUAUGCAGCGAAGCUUCACCAUUCUCUACACCAGUUUACUGGGGAUGUGCUUGGGAUCAAGCUCAAGUUUUCCAAGUAACAUCAAUAUAGGAGGAUUGUUCCCAACCGAAUCGCACGAAUAUGAGGUUUUUCGUUUCGCCCUCUCUCACCACCAGGACAUCCCCAAACUGGUGCCGCAGGUGGAUAUGGUCAAGAUGGGGAAUAGCUUCUCCAUGACAUAUGCCUUUUGCUCCCAGUUCUCCAAAGGUGUGUACGCCAUCAUCGGCCUGUAUGACAGGAAGACAGUCAACAUGCUCAUGUCCUUCUGCGGAGCACUGCACGUCUGCUUCGUCACGCCAUCCUUCCCCAUCGAGACGGCCAACCAGUUUGUCAUCCAGCUGAGGCCUGAGCUCCAGGACGCCCUGGUGGGAGUGAUCGACCACUACGGGUGGACCAAGUUUGUCUACAUGUACAGCUCUGACUCAGGCCUGUCAGUGCUGCAGAAGGUCCUGGACACAGCAGCGGAGAGGAACUGGCUGGUGACCUCAGUCAAUGUGGAGACCAUGACGGAGGCCUCCUUCUUGAAAGUGUUCCAGGAUUUGGACAAGAGGAAGGAGGGCCAGAUUAUCAUCGACUGUGAGACAGAGAGGCUCACUGGCAUCCUGAAAAAGAUUGUUGAACAAGGCAAGAAUGCAAAGAGCUACCAUUACAUCCUGGCUAACCUGGGUUUCCUGGACAUCGACCUGACGGACCUGAGGAAAGGUGGGGCGAACAUCACCGGCUUCCAGCUCGUCAACAACUCUGAGCCCACCGUCAGCCGUGUGGUCCAGCAGUGGAUGGAGUUUGACAACAAAGACUCCAAAGUGCCCAAGAGUGGACUCAAAUACACAGGCGCUUUAACAUAUGACGGAGUGAAAGUCAUGUCCACGGCCUUUCAGAAUUUAAGGAGACAGAGGAUAGACAUCUCUCGCAGGGGCAACGCUGGAGAGUGUCUUGCCAACCCACCAGCUCCCUGGGGACAGGGCAUAGACAUCCAGAGAGCCUUGCAGCAGGUCCGCAUAGAUGGAUUGACUGGUCACAUUCAGUUCAAUGAGAAAGGCCGCAGAACCAACUACACUGUUAGCGUCAUGGAGCUGGCCCCCUCUGGACCAAAGAAGGUUGGCUACUGGAAUGAGGAUGAAAAGUACGUGACUACCGCCAGCUUGACGAGAAGCAGCAACGAUACUUACGGCCUGCAGAACAGAACUUACAUAGUCACCACUAUCUUGGAGUCUCCAUAUGUGAUGCUGAAGAAGAACCACGAGCAGCUUGUGGGAAAUGACAAGUACGAGGGCUACAUUGUGGAGCUGGCUGCAGAGAUAGCCAAACAUGUGGGCUACCAGUACAAACUGAAGAUUGUUUCAGAUGGCAAAUAUGGAGCCAGGGAUCCGGAAACCAAGAUGUGGAAUGGCAUGGUGGGAGAACUGGUGUAUGGGAAAGCAGAUGUGGCUGUGGCUCCUCUGACCAUCACCCUGGUCCGUGAAGAAGUGAUCGACUUCUCCAAGCCCUUCAUGUCCCUGGGUAUCUCCAUUAUGAUCAAGAAACCCACCAAAUCCAAACCUGGCGUGUUUUCGUUCCUGGACCCGCUGGCUUAUGAGAUCUGGAUGUGCAUUGUGUUUGCCUACAUCGGCGUCAGCGUCGUUCUGUUCCUUGUCAGUCGAUUCAGCCCGUAUGAGUGGCACGCUGAGGACUACGAGGAGGGCGCUGAGCCGCAGACUCCCGACGCAGCAUCAGCAUCCAACGGGGUGCAGCAGGGCCAGACACCAACACAACAGAACACCAACCAGCAGAGUCCCGAGCAGACCAAUGAGUUCGGCAUCUUCAACUCCCUUUGGUUCUCACUUGGGGCCUUCAUGCAACAGGGCUGCGAUAUCUCACCUCGCUCUCUGUCUGGCCGAAUUGUUGGAGGCGUCUGGUGGUUCUUCACCCUCAUCAUCAUCUCGUCCUAUACUGCCAACUUGGCUGCCUUCCUGACAGUGGAGAGGAUGGUGUCUCCUAUAGAGAGUGCUGAGGAUUUGGCCAAGCAGACGGAGAUCGCCUAUGGAACACUGGAUGCCGGCUCUACCAAAGAAUUCUUCAGGAGGUCGAAGAUCGCUGUGUUUGAGAAGAUGUGGUCCUACAUGAAGGCGGCCGACCCGUCUGUGUUUGUCAAGACCACAGACGAGGGCGUGAUGAGAGUAAGGAAGUCCAAGGGCAAAUAUGCCUACCUGUUGGAGUCCACAAUGAACGAGUACAUAGAGCAGAGGAAACCAUGUGAUACAAUGAAGGUGGGAGGAAACCUGGACUCUAAAGGUUAUGGCAUCGCCACGCCCAAGGGCUCCCCUCUCAGAAACCCUGUAAACCUGGCAGUGUUAAAACUGAACGAGCAGGGCCUCUUGGACAAAUUGAAAAACAAGUGGUGGUACGACAAGGGAGAAUGCGGCAGCGGGGGCGGGGACUCCAAGGACAAGACGAGCGCUCUGAGCCUCAGCAAUGUGGCGGGAGUCUUCUACAUCCUGAUCGGCGGCCUGGGCCUGGCCAUGCUGGUGGCGCUGGUGGAGUUCUGCUACAAGUCCAGGACCGAGUCGCGCCGAAUGAAGCAAUCCAUCAACGACGCCAUGCGCUGCUCCACCCUGACCAGGAUGAGUGGCAACGGAGCGGCGGAGAGAACGGACGCAUCCUCACCCACGAUCCCCAAGACCGUUCAGACGCUGCCCUGUAUGAGCCACACCGCCAGCAUGGGACUGGGUGCCUCUGGCUGUGAUCAUCACGUGACUGUGCUGGCGGCGAGGAAUAGGCAGGGUGGGGCAGAAGAAGAGAACAAGACUCUAAUGACCUCAAAAAUCAUGGCUGUCCGGUUUGACCCAUCUAUUCUCCUGGCUGUCAAUGCGCCCAACUUGAACAAGACUUAACCUACUGCCAAAAUGCACUCUCGAACCGCUCCUUACAAACUCCGAACAGAGACUCGCAACAUUUUUUUAAUUAGUGGAUGUUUGAAAAAGAGAUAUGGAAAAAAGAGAAGGGAAGUGUGCUGCAAUAAAGAAGCCGUCAACGGGGCGUGUUUUUGAAUUUUUUACAGUGUUCAUUUGUGUGGAGAAAAAAAAAGAACUUUAUUCUUCAGUGUGACGCCUGCGCUGUGCCAUUUCGAUGGAGCUGUUGACGUUAGUCUGCGUGUGCAAUAUCUUCACCUCCACUGCUGACCCUGUACUACCUAGAUGCUUUCUGAUGGCUGACGGGACGUGUCUUUGCACAGACGUGGCAGAGGAGAACAAACACCUGUGACUGCUACGAUGAUUUGAUAUUGUUUUGGGACAUUCCCGCUCUCUUUCACUCUCACAUUUACACGCCAUUUUGGAAGGACAAAGUGCUCUGUGUAGCAUAGCCAGUUUUUAAUGAUAUAGUUUAUGGUUUACACUGUUGUAAUAGCGCAAAGAGCUUCGUCAAAAGUAGUUUGAUUUGAUUUAUCUGAAGGUUAGCGCUGUUUAAAUCAGCGGUUGACCAGGCUACAACAAACAUGCAUUGCUGCUACACCACAUUUAACACAUCAUGCCUUGUCUUUGUGCCAUAUGACCAUUCUCACAAACGCACACAGAUACACUAUACACUUGUUGCUACUGGGUCAUUUGUUUGACCGACAGAUAGAUAGAGAGUUUUACUAUUUAAUGAUCACAAAAAAAGUCAGAGGGGAGAUUCAAAAAUUCUAACUCUGACUCUGAGAAAGGUUAUAGAAUAGAGAAAACAAUUACUUUGUGGCUAUGUACAGUACUGAGUGACCUUACACUGUAUUCUACUGUUGUGACAUUCAUAGCAUAUCCGUUGAUAUACUAGGGAGUCUGUUUGCAGCACAUGUUAACAGACAAAGAUCGACAAAUAAUUCAGAUAGAAUCUGGAGAAAUAUUCCUCAAACUAUUGUCGGGGCUGCAUAUUUCACUCACUCCUGUGAUGUAUUUUCAGCUGUAUUCAGUUUUAAUGAAAUGGGCAGCCGGCUAUUCACUCUCAAUUUCUUGAGAUCCCCCUGCAGAUCGUGCGUGGCCUAUAUAGAAGGGAAGCUGGCCUCCUCUCGCUGUUGCUAGCUGGCUCAGGAAAGAGGUGUGACUGAAACACUUGGUGUGAGUGACAGAUUCACACUCACUAUUAUCUGUGCUUAUUGGAAGUCAAGGUUAUGGGUGGUCGCCGCACUGCUCGGCUGUAGACUUCUCCCUUUCAGCUCGUGUCAAGUGAACAGAAAUCAGAGUGGCACGCCCUGGACAGUAGAGGGCAGAGAUGACACAGGGCAGACAGACUGGGUUUGGCAUGUAGACCUUUAAGGAAAAUUCCACGUGAGAACAUGUAUGAAGAUGUACUUUGCAUUUCUUGGCCUGUUUUGUCGGCUUGUUAUCAGCUCAACAACAUCAGAAAACAAUCCUUAAAUCAUGCUGUGAUUUAGAAUGAAAGGACACUUUAGAGGAAAGAAUAUUUUUCUCAUUGUCAGAUUAUCCCAUGAAAGGACAUGACACAGUGGGUUGUCGUGUAUUCUGUGAAGCAGUGAGGAUUUAGCAAUAUUUAACACAAAAUGUGAUGACAGUUGUGUGGGAUUGAGGUCGUGUUUAUUUAUUUAAUUUAUCUGUUUGUUUGACAGGGACAAUGCACAGCAUCUUAGCAGUACCAGGGUUAGCUAUAAGCUAAUUUACAACUGUAGUCCCUGGGCAUGAAAUGGAAGAUAACAUCUCUGUUAGGAAGAAAUUAACACUGUAGUAUAAAAACACAGAUACGAGACAGGACAUAUUUACUAUACAGCAACUACAGCAGCUGGUUAGUUAAAUUUUUGAGUGUUUAACCAGUUUUCCAUAAGUGCAUGCAAUGACCGGCUGGGUGAAAAAUAUUUGCAAGCCAGGGGAGGGGAAUUACGUAAAGAGAGAGUCAGUGGCAUAUGGUAGGGCUGGGCGAUAUGGCCUAAAAAAAAAAAAAAAAAAUCUCAGAUUUUUUUCCCAACAAAUCCCAUUCACGAUUAAACAUACAUAUUACCCAGCAAUCAUCAGCACAAAUCUGUAUAUGACAAAAACACCAAAUAAAAUAAGAAAGUAUUCAUUCAAUUAAAUAUUUUUAUUAUAGUUUAUGUCUCCAUGGUCCCAGUGCAACCACACUGCCUGCACUGUCUAUAUUUACACCCCUGUAGAGUGUACAUUUCACUACUUUGUUGGAUGAUAAGGAAACUACUCUGAAUGUGUCACACAAAACACUUUAAAUUAAUGCUAGUCUGUUUCUGCUACAGAUGUAAAGAGUGGAAACAUAGCUAAUGACUGAUGAGGUCUAUCUGAGUGAAAUAUUUAUAAUCGCAGGAGCCAAUUAACAGUAUGGAUCAUCUUUCAUUUUUUAUCUCCAGUUAUCAUCACAGUGGUGUCUCGUGUUAUUUUGAGCUACAGAGAUAAAAUCAGAGUGUAAAUCAGCCUUACUGUGAGCCAUCACUGCGGGAAUUAAAUAAACUUUGCACAAUUAAAAUGCAGCUAACUACGAUCCGAGCUGCCGCUAACGUUAACUCAGCUUGUUUCUCCGAUAACUUAUGAUCCAUUCAUCCGGGUAAAAGAUGUAGUUAACGUUAGUUUAAUGUGUUCUGAUCUCCCUACCCUGUCUGUGACAUUCAGAGCUAAGCUCCUUAAUUCCCACAGAAGACACACGUAUUUAAAACAGCUCAUAGUUUUAUUUUUUUGAACGUGCAGUGUUUUUCUAAACUGGGAGAUGUAGUUUUUAGCAAAUGUUACUCAAACAGGAGUAAAUAGUGUGUUUGUCGGGGACUAUUUUCAGCAGCGGAUUAACUCAUAUUUGGUGUGUUAAUGACUAUAUAUAGUAGCCUCCAAAUAAACUAACAGUGCCCGUGCUCAUAAGGUAAAGGUAGAAAUGUCAGACGGUGCAGUGCUGUGGCUCAAUGUUUUGUAAGAUCAAUUCAUUGUUGGUUUUGGUCUUUUCAUGGGAAAUGUUGACAAUAAGAAAAAUAUUGAAUGUCACCAGCCUUAUCCUUUAAACUCAACACUCUUACAGGUGAAAAAAAACCCACUGUCGAAGCAGGAAAGAAACCAAUAACCGUUGUUCACGAUGCAUCACAGCCAGAGGCUAUGUAAAGGGUACAUUCUGUGCCUUCUGCCAGCACGAGCAUCUUUUCCUUUUACCACCUACACAAAUAUUCCUCUGCAGAGUAAAACCAUUUCAGGCACCUGGAUGAUCAGAAAUAAUGUAGAAUAUAAAAAAUGAUCAGGUUAAGUCUGAAGCAUGUUUAGGAGGAAGUCCUGAAAUGCACUGAGCAUCAUCAUCACCACACACAGUCGAUGUCUGAGAGCCCGACAGUGUCCAAAAGUGUGGUUUUAUUUAAAGGUGACUGGAAGGUUGUUGCUUAAAAAGGGAUUUUCACUGCUGCCGGAUGCCAGAGGUCAGCUUUGGAUUAUGUACCGCACACUUUAGCCGACCUCUCGUUUCACAGCAGAGGCCAAGCGCCUGUACAAAGGCAGCGCUCAUCCCCUGCUCCCACAGCUGGUCGUGUGUUAUUUUUAUUCUCCUCUUGAGUUUCUGUUUUAAAAGACAAAAAAAAAAAAAAGGUACCAAAACUAAUGUAUGACCUCUCUCUUUCUCUACAUCAUCAUACAGGCAAGAAAAAUGGGCAGUCAGAGUUUACUGAAAUCACACAUAUCUCCACCUAUUAUGUAUAUAAAAGGCUUUUCUCUUCCCCCCCAGUGAAAAUGUUUGUUCUCCUCCCGAUCAUGCCUCAGUGUACCUGAAUUAGUUACCUGCUGCGUGAGUACUUUUCCUUUCUUCCUCCAUCUAUGCGUCUUCUUUUGCUGAUGUUGUAUUAAUUAGAACACGGCACAGCACUCUUCAGCGGAGGCUUUACCUUCAGACAGAUGUUUUAUAUGCCAUAACAGAUUUGUAAGAAAAAGAAAACAAACAAAAAAAAAGACACUCAACGUUUGUAUUAUAAAGGAGAGUUGGGGUGCCGCAAAAGUGUUAUACACUUUUAAGAGUGUAAAGAAUAAAACACACACACAUGCACGCACACACACACACACACACACACACACACACACACACACAGACUGAUGUUAAAUAAUCUGUAGACGCUAAUGUUGUUUAAAGCCAGUUUUGAGUUCAUUUCAUUUUAUUUUGUUGCAAUUUCAAAAAGGAUUUCCUGUUGGUGUUUUUUAAGUGCUUGAAAUUUAACACCAUUUGAAUAUUUCUUUGUCGUUUUCCUUUUUCACAGUAUUUUACUACUGGAAUCUAAUCACCAGAGUUUGUUCACUAGAGACAUCAUUAUUGUUGUUUUUUUUUUUUAAACUACAGAAAGGGUGUCAACUGAGUUUUAAAACUAAAACGAUGGUCAAUAAAUGGGUUCACAGUUUAAAAAAAAAAAAAGAAGACUACAACUAUUAGGAAUAUGACUUUUGAGAAAUAAACUUUUUUUUCUAACCAAAGUGUCCUGGAAGAAAGUCAUCAUGCUUUUGUAACUGAAUAAAGGA